CAACAAGACAGGCAGUGGGGUUCUUUUGCGGCAGGGAAUUAAUCCUCACGAUCCCACACCGCAUCAAAGAUAAAAAUGCCUGGACGAGUAUCUACAACAAGGUCCGCGCGGACAUCCGCUGCGGCAUCUCACAAAUCCUCCGCGCAAACACUCAACUCGCGCGCGUCAACCACUUCCAGAGUCUCUUCUUCGUACAGCGAGGCAGCGGACGAAACGCCUGAAAAUGAAUUACGAACCCAAAUAUCCGCAAUUUUCCGCGAUGCACAAAGAACGACCGCCUCGCACCGAAAGCUGGUCAUCAACCUACGGAAGAUCCAGGAAGCUUGCUGCUAUGAGCCAACGAGCAAGAAGAAGAACAAGACUGGCGCCGAAGAUUUUGAUGAGGAGCAAUUUACAUACGAAUUUACUCGCUGCGUCCUCCGGGUUAUGCCAGUGAAGAAGAGCGAGAGCGUUGGAGAGAGAUCAAUCCGAUUUAUUGGGAUGUUCCUGCGUCAUGCCACCGAGAAAGAUAACGAGCUAGUCGCCGGGGACGAAGAAGAAGAAGGUGUUAUGAUCGAGACCCCAAGCUCAAGGCUCACUGCACACCUAAUGACUAAGGUGCUCCCAUUGAUGACCGCGAAAGAGAAAUUUGUGAGGUACAGGUCAACCCAACUGAUUUCACAUGUCAUCAACUCAUUGGAUUCCAUUGAUGAUGAUCUCUUCCAACUUCUGCGGCAUGGGCUUUUGAAGAGGAUCCGUGACAAGGAGGCUAUGGUCCGUGUACAAGCUGUGCUAGGACUAGGAAGGCUUGCUGGAAACGAAGGCGAAGGAGAAGCUGAAGACAGUGACGAUGACGAUUCAGCGACUGGCCUGCUGGACAAAUUAUUGGAGGUGCUGCAGAACGACCCGAGUGCUGAUGUGCGAAGGUCUCUGCUGGUCAAUCUACCAAUCUUGCCAAAGACCUUGCCAUUCCUCUUGGAAAGAGCUCGCGAUCAGGACCCUGGAACUCGACGAGCUCUCUAUUCUAGACUUCUACCUUCUCUUGGCGACUUUAGACAUCUCUCGCUGUCGAUGCGUGAGAAGCUUCUUCGAUGGGGUCUUCGAGACAGAGAUGAGACUGUCCGUAAGGCAGCUGGGAAGCUCUUCCGAGAACGCUGGAUCGAAGACUGUGUUGGUACUGCGGAGCCAGAGGAACAAGCUGAAGGGGAGGCUCAAAGUACGGAGCCAAAACCUCCCAAUUUUGAUGGUUUGCUCGAGCUCCUGGAGCGUAUUGAUGUUGUCAACUCUGGAGUUGAAAACGGAGUUGCGUUAGAGGCAAUGAAAGGAUUCUGGGAAGGUCGCCCAGAUUACAGAGAUGCUAUCACAUUUGACGAUAACUUCUGGAAUACCCUCAGUGCUGAAUCGGUAUUCAUGGCUCGAAGCUUCAACGAUUUCUGUAGGAAUGAGGGAAACGGUAAAUUUGAAGCCUUGAUCGAGGAGAAGAUGCCGGAAGUCACCAAACUAGCUUUCUACUUACAACAGUACAUUACUGUACUUGUAGAAGCUCUUAAGCGGGUGGCAGCGCAAGAGCCAACAGAAGACGAGGAGGAAGAUACUGUGGAGCAAGAAUUCAUUGUUGAGCAGCUCCUGCACAUGGCUCAAACUUUGGAUUAUUCCGACGAGGUCGGUCGCAGGAAAAUGUUCACUCUCCUUCGACAGUCUUUGGCGAUUCCGGAUUUGCCAGAGGAAGUUACAAAACUCACUAUAGAGGUCUUACGAGGCAUCUGUGCUGGCGAUGCCGCUGGCGAGAGAGAAUUUUGUAGCGUUGUAUUGGAAGCGGUUGCGGAUGUUCACGACACCAUUAUGGAUGAGCCGGCUCUGGAUGAUGCAGAUGAUAGCUUCCACUCUGCCAAGUCAGAGGUCAGCCGAGAUGGGACUCCCGUAAGAUCAAGCAAGGCGCAGAAGAAUGAGAUAACAGAAGAGGAAGAGCAAGACAAGGCUAUCCGAGAGAUCAUGGUCAACAUGAAGUGCUUGCAUAUUGUGCAGUGCAUGCUUGAGAACGUGGAAGGGAACCUCCAGGACAAUCCCGAUCUCGUGGCUAUGCUCAAUAAUCUCGUCGUUGCUGCUGUUCGAAGUCAUGAAGCACCAGUCAGAGAACGUGGUCUUCUCUGUCUUGGUCUUUGCGCUCUCCUCGAUAAGUCCCUUGCGGAAGAAAACUUGAAUCUGUUUAUGCACUUCUUCAGCAAGGGACAUUCAGCCUUACAGAUUACUGCGCUCCAAAUCCUGACUGAUAUUCUGAAUGUUCACGGUGCCCACCUUCUCGAUACCAAUCCCACUCUACUGAAGGUCUUCCUCAAGGCCCUCAAAUCUGGAUCCAAAGCACCUGAAGUCCAAGCUGAAGCUACAGUUGCAGUCGCAAAGCUAAUGCUCGGCCGUGUCAUUUCAGAUGCAUCACCCGCUAUUGAUGAUCUCUUGAAGACCCUCGUGGUGCUCUACUUCGAUCCAAGUACGGCCCACAACCAAGGCGUCCGUCAAGCCCUAUCCUAUUUCCUACCAGUAUACAGCUUCAGCAGAAAGGAGAAUCAAGAUCGCAUGCAGAAGGUCUCAUUAGAUGCUUUUCACAAGCUUUUUGAGAUCCAUGAAACCUUGGAUGACGAUGUCGACGCUGAGACUGAUAUGGUGAGCCUUGCGACGAUUGGUGCACAUUUGGUUGACUGGACGGAUCCAAGGAAGUGUUACAUCCCUGGAAAUCAACUCACAUUGGCAGACGAGGGAGCAAAGAAAGCAGUCAAUGGUGAUGUGCAUUUGCAAUUUGCAAGUGAUAUUUUGGAGCGCUUGAACUCCAACGUGAGCAAAGAAGAGAAGAAGCUCCUCGCUCCUCUUCUAGGAAAGCUUCAUGUAUCUCCUGCCUCAACGGAAGAAAAGAUACGUGAAGUUUAUCAGGAAGUCUCCAUCGCCGUUGAUGACAAGCUGAUCUCUGAUGCCACUGGCCGGAACGCUCUGUUCAAGAUCCACGUCAGUCUUGGAAAGAUAGUCAACGGACUCCCAGACAAGGAGCCUAAGGGUAGGCAGAGCAGUAUCGUGCCUGAAGACAAGACCGUGGUGGUUAGUGAGGAGGAGGAAGAGAAGACAGAGCUAGAUCAAGUUGCCGAGGAAGAGGAAUCAGAGGGAACAAUACUCCCAAGCGCAGAGGCAGAGCCCGAGGCAGAGCCGACGAAAUUAGAGCGGGAUUCAAUAGUCGACAGUCUAUUGAGUGAUGAAGAUGUGGAGAUGUCUGGGAUGUAGUUUUGGGUGUUACAGGAUGCGGCUCUUGGUCUUGGGAGGAAUCGGGU